CUCUUGUCCAAUCAAAUGACUUGGUUGUAACUUAUUUUUGUACAGCUUUACCUUUGACCUCGGCGUUGAACGUCUCACGAAGGACCCCAUGGAACGGAAUGCUCCAAAUAGACGUUACUGGCGAGAGACAGGGCAGGCCUUUCAUUUAAUGGCUGUGAUGAGAGACGAGAGAUGAGAGAGGGAGGGACUUUUGUCAAGUCCAUAUGUAAUCCCCUUCUUGUUAUCAUGUACCUAUUCUCAUCACGCCGGGGUUUGUUAACCGGUUCACAGCACAUAGUAAGUAAUGACCGGAAGUUGAGUUGCGAUAGACCGGGAUAACGCCACAAUUCAGGAUCCUCCUCCAAUGAAGAAGGCGGAAAGGACAGGCUGCCAAAUUAGGCAGUACUUGGGUUGGUAAAUCGAGCAACUCUACUCUAGUCUACACGGAGGAGGUUGUUACGUAACAACCACCACCGUUUUACCGACUGAGGUAUUAUAUAAUAUAUAGGAAGAAACGUUUUGCCCGCCCAGUUUUGUGAUCGACGUUGCAUGUUCAGCUGAACUGGCAGCAGCUCCGUCCCGGGACCUACAGCCAUGUCAGAGACGACCAAACCCCGGCUCAGCGAGGCUCAGGUGCUGGAGCUCGUACAGCGGCUCUACGGCCUGGAGCGGUCCACCGUCCGCCCUCUACCCAGCUACGAUGACCAGAACUUCCACGUUGUGGCACCCGGAGGUGGAGGCGAAUACGUGCUGAAGGUCAUGAAUUCAGCGGACAGUACGAACCCCACUAUGAUCGAAGUCCAGACGCAGGCGAUGAGUUUUCUGCAGGAACACGGCAUACCUGCGCAGACAGCCGUGCGCAACGCAGCGGGGGAGCUCAUGAACCUCGAGGAGAUCGAUUGUGGCUUCGGCUGUCAGAAGUUCAUGGUGAGGCUGCUGACCUACCUCCCGGGAACCACCAUUUCCACAGUGCCGUACACACCUCAGCUGCUGUACGAUGUCGGGAAAAUGGCCGCUAGGAUGGACCAGGUUUUUCUCAAGAUGGACCACCCCCACCUCUCUGCGCUACAACGGGACUCGUUCAUCUGGAGCCUGUCCAACGUCCCUCUCCUCGAGGGCUACAUCUACAGCAUGGACGGGGACCCUCUCCAGGAAGUAGUCAAAGCCGUUAUAGAAGAGUUCAAAACCAGCGUGCUCCCGAGACGCCAUGCGUUCCGCAAGUGCCUCAACCACGGCGACUUCAACGACCUCAACAUCCUGGUGGAGCCCGACCAGAGCGGCGACUACCGGAUCUCUGGCAUCCUGGACUUCAGCGACAUGAACAGCGGCCACUACGUGCACGAGCUGGCCAUCGCCAUCAUGUACAUGAUGAUCCAGCACCCCGACCCCGUGGCGGUGGGGCUGCCCGUCACGCAGGGCUGGGAGAGUGUGGUGCCCCUCAACCCGGAGGAGAGGGACUGCCUCUACCUGCUGGUGCUCUGCCGCUUCUGCCAGUCCCUGGUGAUGGCCCGCCACUCUGUGAGGCUUCAGCCCCACAACGAGGAGUACCUCAUGAUCACGGCCCGCACGGGCAUGCGCAUCCUCAGGCAGCUGUGGGACCUGGGGAAGGCGGAGGUGGAGAAGGCGUGGUUCCAGGACGGCCAGGGGAGGGUUUUAGUUGGGGACGGGGACAAAUGAGGACACUUUUGUUAUUUUGAGUGUGUGAGUGUAUCAGAUGUUACUUGUUGUGGAUUUGAACACCACUUUGCCAAAUCAUGUCACCCAUGUGCCUAAAGGUGCGGCCACACCAGACGCGUAUCUCGCGUACCUCGCGUAUAAAAUCGCCAUUUUUUCCAUAGGGAACCAUUGGUUUACGCGCGUAUGAGACGCGUACACGCGUUAGACGCGUAUAAGCAACAUUUUACUCUCCCGACAAUGUCAAUGUGAUUAAAUUAACCUGAAGGAAAUGUAUGCUGUAUUUUUCUGUAUAUUGUUGAUCAAAGAGCCAAGAGUUGGAUGCUGUGAUUAUAUAAUCAUAAAUAAAAAAACAUAGGAACAAAGCUAGUUUCCUUAGCAUCCUACAUUUAGAUGUCCUCAAUAAUUGCUGUAUCCUGUGUGUUAAUUUGACAAAAGCAGAAGACAUUGAAAGAGUGGCGAAGUCACGCCCCUUCCGGUAGAGCCAAUGGGA